UAAAAAAAAAUAAAAAAAUAAAACAUGGAUUUUCAUUAAUUUCUACACUAGUAACUUUUUAGUUCUUCACAAUUCUUUCUUUCCAUGAAAUUAUUCUCUUUUAAUCCAAAAAACAUCAAACUUAUUAAUUAACUAUUCAACUCUUAUUAGGGAUAAUCCAACAAAAUGGGUGUCAAUAAUUUGUUCCAAAUUCUUUGUUUUUGGGCAAUAAUAAGUUGUUUUCUUCCUUUAACAAUUUCUGGGUUAGUGAGAAUCAGUCUCAAAAGAGCUCAUCUACAACAUCAUCAAACAAGUUUCAAUGAAAUUAGAUUUUCCAGGAAGUUGGGAACAUUUGAAGUGGCAAAUGUUGGUGAUUCAAUUAUAUAUUUGAAGAAUUAUAUGAACACUCAAUUUUAUGGAGAGAUUGGAAUUGGCACACCACCCCAGAAAUUUGCAGUUAUAUUUGAUACUGCAAUUUCCUAUCUUUGGGUUCCAUCUUCUAAAUGCAACUCUUCUGUGGCUUGUGAUUUCCAUCACAGGUAUAAUUCAAGCAAUUCAAGUACAUUCACCAAGAUAGGAACCCCGUAUGAUAUUAUUUAUGGGACGGAAGCAAAACUCAUUGGUAUUCUCAACCAGGAUAAUGUUGAAAUUGGAGGUCUACUUGUCAAAAACCAAAUACUCUUCGAGGUAACUAGUGAAGACAGCCUAACUUUGGUACAUGCUAAAUUUGAUGGUGUAGUAGGGCUUGCAUUUCCAGAUAAAUCAGACGGGAACGCCAACCUUAUAUGGCAUACAAUGGCAGAACAAGGGCUAUUAGAGAAGAAGAUUUUCUCGAUUUGGUUUAACAUGGAUCCAGAAGCAGAAUUAGGAGGAGAAAUAGUUUUUGGUGGAGUUGAUCCUAAUCAUUUCAAGGGAAAACAUACAUAUGUUCCUGUGAUCCAGAACCAGGAUGGUAUAUGGCAGAUUGAAAUCGGGGAAUUCUUCAUUGGCAACCAUUCAUCUGGCUACUGUCAGGAGGGUUGCCCUGCUGUGUUAGACUCAGGAUCACCAUUACUUUCAGGCCCUUCGACUGUUAUUAUUGAGAUAAACCACGCGAUUGGAGCAAAAGGUGUCAAAAGCAUGGAAUGCAAAGAAGUAGUCUCUCAGUAUGGAAAGAUUAUAUAUGAUCUUUUAAAAUCAGGGGUUAAUCCUGAUAAAGUAUGUUCCCAAAUCAGCUUGUGCUUCAUUGGUUCUCAACAUUUGAGGAAUGAUCUGAAGACGGGACAGGAAAGACAAAACAGAAAAGAACUUACAUCAGUUACAGAUGAUCUGUUAUGCAGUGCCUGUCAGAAGACAGUAACUUGGACUCAGAACCAGAUGAAACAGGAAAAAACCAUCAAAGAAAUACUGAAAUAUGUUAGAAAGCUAUGUCAUAGCUUUCCAGCUCCUGCAGGAGAUGUAGUAGUCCCUUGUGACCGUAUCAAACGCAUGCCAAACUUGACGCUCACGAUUGGAAACAAUCCUUUCACAUUCACUCCUCAACAGUACAUUCGUACAACUGAAGAACACGAUAAAAAGAUCUGCAGAAGCCAGUUUUAUGCAGUGGAUCUGCCAUCUCCUGCAGGCUCAUGGAUCUUUGGAAAUGUAUUCAUGGGAGUGUACCAUUCUGUUUUUGAUUUCGGCAACCAGCGAGUGGGCUUUGCGGAAGCAGUCUAAAUAGAUAGCUCGUAAUCUCUGUUUUCGAAUUAAGUUUUGUGCAUCAUAUCUGCUCAAUAAUGGAUGUUGUUGUUGCAACUAAUCCUUUUCAAGUAGUCAGCAACAGAUUUACAUUGCAAGUCAUGUAACUAGUACUUUAUGGAAUUAGGCUGUUAACUUUUACUGAUCUGAUCUAUUUUAGCCUGAUUUUUUCUGUUCUGUUUUAUAA